UAUUUCUAACGCUUCUAUUCAUGAAAAACAUUGAUACUUCCGUUACGAAAGUAAGUUCUGUGGAUUGUGAAAAUAGUGCCGAUAUUAAUAAAAAACCAUUGAAACACGUGAAAUUAUUGUAAUUAAAUUCAUUAAAUAAGAACCGGUAUUAAGAAGGAUCGUGUAAAUGACGUAAGUGUUUAAAGAAAAACUAUAUCGGACACGUACUUUGUCGUCCCGCGUAUACAAAAAGAGGAAACAUGAGUCCUUUGAACCGAGGUCCUUUGUUGGGGCCAAGAAUUCCGCCAACCGGUGUAAGGCCACUACCCCAUCCAAGAUUUGGUGCUAUAUUUCCACCAGGUAUGCCUCCAAGAAUGCCAUUACCUCCAAUGAGUGGAAUCCUUGGCCCGAUGAGACCAAGAUUACAUCCUCCCCCUAGAAUAGGUGGUGUGGCUCAACCUGGUGGGCCACGACCACUUCUACCACCGGGUAGAGCUCCUUUACCUCCCAUGCCUGGACCUCGAGGUCCACUUAUGUGUCCAUGGCCUCGGAGAGUCUUGCCACCACAAAUGGUACCACACAUGAGGCCAAGGUUCUCUCCUAGAAAUGGAUCGAAUAAAGGGAAACCAGUAAAUACCGCUAAGAAAGUCGUCAAGUUUGAGGCUGACUUUGAACCAAACAUGGAAACUGAGGAAUCAAACGAUGAAUCAUGUGACAGAAUAAAUGAUAAAAUUAAAAUAGAUAAACAAUAUUAUUGCGAAGUAUGCGAUAGAGAAUUUAAAACAGAUGAAAAACUAGCAGAACAUGUGUCUACUCAUAAGUUAUGUGGUAUAGAUGGUUGUACUUUUUCUGCUAAUAAUUUACUCGUUGAUAAACAUAUUAAAAUGCAACAUCGUACUGGAUUAUAUGAAAGAAUGAAAAAUGUAUCAACACCUGAAGAUAUUCAAAAGUGGAUUGAAGAAAGGAAGAGGAAAUAUCCUACAAAAGUAAACAUAGAGGAAAAGCAAAAAAUGGAUAUAAAAAAGAUCGAACGUGGUGAAAUAAUUAGACAAGUGAAUAAACCUAUUCAUUCGAGAAAAAAUAAUCAACAGACAAAUACUAAUAAUGUAAAAAAACACAAACGUAAUAAAUGGCAAAUACCAAAAGAUCAAAAUACAUUACCCGUUAUAGAAACAUACAGAGGUCUUACUCAGUUUUCAGGAACGGCUUGCUUAGAAGAUGAUAACUUUAAUAAAAGUGAAAACAAUAAUGAGGAACAUUUGGAAACAAAAUGUAUUAAUGAAAUUAAACAGAUAGAAAAUACAUUUAAUAUUUCUGACGAAGAAGACGCGUUGAUAGAAAAUAAUUCAAUAACUAAUCCGAUUAAAAAUAAUUCACUGUGCAGUUUAAUAGCAGAUUAUGGUAGCGAAGAAGAAGAGGGUCCACAGGAAAUACCCAUAAAAAAAUUGGCAAAUCACUCAAAUGAAACAAAUAUCAUGGAAACAGUGUCAUCAAAUAAUACUAAAUCUAAUGCUUCAGAGAAAUCUGAUAAAAAGAAAAAGGAAAAAGAAAAUAAGCCAUUGAGUAUACAAAAUAGUGUUAUUAAUAAACAAAAAAAAUAUAAAAACAGUAGUAGUAUAAAUUUAUUACGAAAAUUACUUGCUAAAGAUAUAAAACACGAAAGAAAUCUAAUAUUCCAAUGUGUAAAAUAUAUUGCAAGUAAUAAUUUGUUUGUACUUAAAAAUAAUAGUAAUUUAUAAAAAUGUCUCUUGAAUACUCUUUUUAUUUAAUGCAUUGAGAUAAGUAUAAUGAAUGUUAUUUACAAAUUGAUUUUAAUAAAAUAUGUGUCAAUACAUAUGUAUAGAAAAUGCAUAUAAAUUAAAGAUAAUUUAUUAUUA